AUGACGUUGUUAUUAGAUAUUUAGAAUUGUGAUGUUUUUCAAUAUUCGCCGAUACUUAAUCAAAUUUUUUGUAAAGAAAAUCAAAUAAACUUUAGUACGUAAUGGAGGCUAUAGACGUGUGUGUCGAAAUAGAGAAUGAUGAGUUCUAUAGCAAGUUUCUAGUAGAUUCAGUUAAGCCUCUGGUAGGUGAGAAUAUAUCUGUCACCGAACAAGUAACUAAGCUGACCCAAGGCAUCGAUAAGUUAACAAAAAACUUAGAGACACAGGUUCUUGCUAAGCACAAUGAUCUCCUUACCCAAGCUAGCAAUAUAUCAGAUCUAGAAACCAUGUUAGCAUCAGUACGUUCCCAAGUGCAAGUUUUACUGCAAAGGGCUGAAAAAAUCAAAGAACGAGUCCAUACUCCAUUUUACGAGUUAGAAAGUCAAACGGUAAUGCUUGAACGUGUACAAGUUACAUGUAAUUUACUUAGACAUGCAGCUAAAAUACUCACUCUGUGGAGCAAACUCAGUUCAGUAAAAGACAACCCAUCUAAAGAAGCUAUGAUUUUAUUUGAACUAAAUGAAUUAAUAGGUGACUAUGACUUUGAAGGGAUAGCUUUACUUGAAGAUGUUUUGAAACAAGUUGACCAUCAGAGAAAAGAAUUAUUAAGAAAUUCAACAGAAUUAUUACAGUCCAGUUUGUUGGUUGGUGACAAGACAAAAUUACUUCAAUGUUUCAAAGUAUUUCACAAUUUACAAUGCACCGAGGAACAAAUAAAAAGCACAGUAAAUUGUAUACUAAAAGAUACAAGAAAGGAAAUUGGCAUUGCACUCAAUGUCCAAAUGGUAUCUAUAGAAAUAAAAAAAACAAGUUCAGGUCGUUCUGCACCCGGUAAAGCAAAUAUUAUGAAUGCACAAGAUUUCAAAAUUAAACUGUGGGACAACAUUGAUAAGCUCUUUAAAGUUGAUAUUUACAACAGUUGCAUGAAAGUAAUAAUGCUGCAGAAUGUUGUGAAUGAACUUCAUGCUAUUGGUAAUUUCAAAAACAUUGCAAGGAGCUUUUGGAACGAGCUUUCAAUAAUUUUCAGCAACGAGUUAGAAAAGAGUUCCUCAACAGUAAAUCAGUCUGUUGAGAUUGAUUUUCCAAAACUUUUAAAGUGUUUUAAUGAUUUACUCUCGAGGUUGAAAUGUAAAAAUUUGGAAAUGAAUCGUUCCUGCUUGACUAAAUGGGAGAAUUCGUUUUUGUCAAAAUCCUUAGGUAAGCUACUUGAACCAGUGAGAAGUAUGUGGCACCUAAACCAGGUGCCCACUAUGGAUCAAAUAGAUAACGCAAUAAGAGUUAUAGCAGAAGCUCUGAGUAUAUCACUCGGUGAUAAGCACUUAAGCAUAAGUUUAGCUAAUAGUGUAGCUAAAAGUAUCAAACAAAUGAACGUAGAAGCAGAACAAAGAUUGUCAAUGGAAAGUGAUGUUGCCCAAAUUAUAGAGGCACCAACAAGCUCACAACAGAAAAAUGCUGAUCUUUGCAAUUCAUUACACUAUUUCUCGUCACAAAUUAAGCGAGUCCUUGCAAAUAUGAAUUCCAUGUUACCACAGGAAAGUGUACAAAUAGUCCAGAACAGUUUGAAAGAUAUUUCAAGUUUACCAGUACUCAAUCUAUUUGCUGAAUCUAUCAAGAACUCUCUCUACCUUAUUCUCGUCACUAUGCAUGAUGAACCAGAUUUAACUAGAGCUGAUGAUCCAAAUAAUAAGAAUAUAUCAUGUUCCCCCUACAUGAAAGAAUUGCAACACUUUGUAUCCAGGUGUAAAGAGAUUUAUUUAUCUUUGUUUACUGAGAAAACAGCACUGAAUCAGUGUUGCAUCGACAUUUCAAAAUCCUGCAUUGAAAGAUUUGUUCAACAUGUGUGUAAUGUCAGACCAUUGAGUAAGUAUGGUCGUGCUAAACUUCAGGCAGACUGUAAACAUUUGGAAAUUUCAUUGUCACCAUUGGUAAACGAUGUGACAGAGUUGGGCGAUCAUUAUCGCCAAUUGAAAGCAUUAAGUCUGCUUUUAGAAAAGACACCUCAAGAAGUUGCUAAAAGUCAGCACGAAGGAGCAUCCUUGCCAUACUCUUUAGUGAUGAUGUUUCUAUUCUCCCAUGCGGGUCCUCAGCUGUUAGCCCCUCACACAUGUGCCGGAUGGAAUAUACAGAAAUUGAUUCAAUGGUUAGAUUCACAUAAAAAUGAGAGAGACAGGCUUGAAUUUGUAGCGGGUUCUCUGCAAAGAUAUCAAAAUCACAUUCGACAGAACCAGAUCACCACAUAUGAUGAGGUGUACCCAGUGUUACUACAACUUCUUGAAGAUGGUAGAAAAGUUUUGAAGAAAUAAAUAUGUGCUAUAAUGAAAUUAUUUUUUAAAAUAAGGAUGUAUGUAUAUUAGAAUUUAAGAAAUUAAACACCA